GUAAGCCGAACUCCAGAACACUUUGGCUUGUUGGGUUUAGGUUAUGAGUGAUAGACAUAGAAAAUUUAUUCCGAACUGUGUGCACAGGGGUUUUGAGUACCCGAACGUACAAGCCUAGCAUCCAUGGCCAUGGCGGUCGAUUGUGAGAUCAAAAGGUACAAGAAAACCCACCACGAAAUCAUCAUCAAAACGGAAGAUUCGCAGCCACCACGGCACAUCCCUCGUGAAAUCAUCUUCGACAUCCUCUCGAGACUUCCCGUCAAGUCUCUUCUGCGAUUCAGGUCCGUUUGCAAACCAUGGCUUUCUGUGAUUUCAAAUCCCCAAUUCGUUAAAACCCAUCUCAGUACAUAUUCUUAUAAGGGUGAUGAUGAUGACGAUGAUUGUACCCACCACAGACUUGUUUUGAACACUCACCCUAGUCAUAAUGUAACUGGACUGAAGACAUGUUCACUAGAAACAGUAUGCUCUGUGUUGGAGUCUCAACAAUGGGAGAGUGCGGUUGACCUCGAUUAUCCAUUUAAUGACCUUGAUCAGUAUGUUGUUGUUGUGGGUUCGUGUAAUGGGUUGAUGUGUGUUGCUGCUACUCGUACAGGGACUAUAUAUCUAUUGAACCCAUCUACUAGGAAAUCUAAGAGAUUGCCAGAUUGGCGGGGGUCUCGAGAUCUAUAUGGGUUUGGGUUUGAUGAGUCCAAUGAUGACUACAAAGUGGUGUUGAUAUCAUAUAGAGGUGGAGGGGUUUCAGCUAAGAGCAACGUGAUGGUUUAUACAUUAAGGACAGACUCGUGGAGACAGAUCGGAGACCUUUCUUGUGGUGUUCCUUGCAAUGUUUUAGGGAAUUUUUUGAAUGGGUCGCUCCUUUGGCUUGUAUGUGUUGAUAAUAGUGGUCCGGGCUACUCUUAUGUCAUUGUUUCUCUUGAUCUGGAAAAGGAGACGUAUGGGGAGGUUUCGCAACCUAAUUACGGUAAAGCUCAUUUCAGUUUGGAUUUGGAAUUGUGUGUUUUAGAAAGAUGCCUCGGGGUGCUGUGUACGUCUCCAAAGAGUCAUACCGAUGUAUGGAUAAUGAAGGAGUACGGCAAGAUAGAUUCUUGGACCAAGUUGUUCACAAUUCAGGAUGUAGCCAAACCAGUAUUGUCUCAUAGAAUCUCACCACCAUUGUGCAUUUCAAAGAAUGGCAAACUUUUGAUAUUAUAUAGGCAACAUUUAAGUGUUUACAGUCCAAAAAAUGGUACUUUUAGGAAUCUGGUAAUUCAUAACGCGAACAACUGCGAACAAAUAUGUACCUAUGUUGAGAGCUUAGUCUCGCCUGAUGUUGACACUGUGGUUUAGAGGCAACACCAAUAACAACUGGUCAAGAGAGGUUUCCCUUUUUUGGAUAAGAUUCUUGUAUGCCUUUCCUACUUAUGUGAAAGACUGCAUAAGCCAAGGUCCUUAGUUUAUGAAGCGGGAGCGGGGGAGCAAGACAAUAGUGAAGAAACUAAAGUUAGUCCUCUUAUGCAUGUCAAUUAUUCGUAUUAGUUUUGAGUCAUUUGCAAGUGUUUUUCUUUUUGUGUAAAUAUGAAUAAAUACUGUGUAUACUAUGUGGUUGAGCAAAUUUUAGUUAAUAUUUUUCUAGUAUCUUAUCGUUACUUCAUAUUUUCUCUUGCUUGGUAACUCUUCUUUUGUUUCUUUUGAGAUUUAUAUACUUGAAAGGUUUUAUUUUUUUGUCACCAGUACAUUCCUUUGUAGAUGGUAGGAAAUUUUCAUGGCGAUUCUAACUUGGGAGCGCAGAAGCAAGGUUUCGGUGUGGGUCACCUAGACAUCAGGGCCUUACAACUAAACCAAAGACAACCGGAAAAUUGUACUUCAAAAAGUCACCCUCUUACAGCACAGGAGUCUAUUGAAUUUUAACUCACUAGUAUCUCAUUUCACACAGCAGAAGUCUAACAACUAGAGAUGAAAUAAGGGUUGGUGUGAUAUGUUGUUUGGAACAAAAGCAUGUCAUGCCAAGGACUUUGCUUUUUAGCAAUUUCCCUCCCUAUUCUGCUAUGAGGGAGAGAGGGAGGGAGGUGCCGAAGAUGGCAGUAUUGCAGCAAUGGUGGCGGUUUCCGACAAUAGGAAGGAUGAUUAAAUCUCGUUCUCCUUUUUUAGUUUCGUGUAGAUGUUGUACCUAUGUACCUAUAGGUGUGUGUGAUGGUCGGUGGGGAAAGAAAAACCGUAUAAUGAACCUAAGAAGACGUGGUAGAGAAACUCAAUUGGUGAAGUGGUGGUGUUUGUGAUAAUCUUAUUGAUGGAGGUUAUGAUGGGUGUUUCGCUUUGGUUCAAUAAUUGGUGGUAUUGUUUAGAAUGAAUGCUCAGUUUGGCUUGGGUACAUGCUACUGAGUGAGUGUUUCCAUGAACUGCAUGAUAGUUUUUCUAUGGCCCUGGUUGAGUUGAUUAGGAGAUAUCUAUCCGUCAGGUUUGCUGUCUGGGCAAGAAUAAAAUGGAGCUUUUCCAACUGAGAUGUAUGUUUUAGUGUGCUGAUCAUGGCUUAGAUCCUUAUUUGAGGCAACGGCCAACGGGAACUUAAUUUAUUGUUUUGUUUCUAAUUAGUUGUAAUAUUUAUUGAUCUUCUUUGUUUGCGAUAUUAGCUUUUACGAAUGCAACUGCCAUAUUUCCUUCCUGUCAUAAAUGCAAGUAAAUAUUUCGUAUAUAAAUCUGAUGGAAUCAACUUGCUUUAUUGCUAUUUUGAUUUGGAUAUGUCUUUCAUGUUCAACGGUCCGGAUGUGCACAACACGGAGCACAUAGCACCAUCCCCCACUUCCUUUCAUUUAUGUUCUCCCGUUCUCAUGUUCAAAGUAGAUGUAAAAAUACUGUAUUCUCAUUGAAUUGGUGA